CAGUUGGUUAUUUUUCUAAGAACAGUAUUUUAUUUAACCAAUACUUAGUUUUCAUUACAUAUGUUUACUAGUAAGAAUAUUGUGAUAUGUUUGACUGUGUUGUUUAUUUACAACUGAGUUUGAAAAAGUCAACUGCAGCUGUACUAAAAUGGAAAUAGACGAAGAGAUUAAAUCCGGUUGUUUAUUGUUUCCACCCGCGGGGGGAAACGUUUUCAGUAAAUUCCCCAAAAAGAAAAACUGGCAGCAGAAGUACUGCAUCCUUUACAAUGCAAGUAAACAAGGAAUUGAAAGACUUGAGAUUUUCGACCAUAAGGAUGAUGCUACAUCGGCUUCUUCCUCUAUUCCUAAGAUUAUCACACUUGAGAAUUGUAUUAAAAUUACACAUUCUAGUCCCAAUACUAUAACAAUACUUACUAAGUCACACACACAACAAAUAAGUGGACAAUCAGAAGCUGAAACUCUUGAAUGGGUGAAGGCUCUUCAGUCUGUUGCAUUCAAAGGCAGGGAUUCCAAUCCUAUUAGUUGUGAUGAAGACAAUGACUUAUAUUGCUCUUCUGGAGAAGGGGUGUUUUCUGUUAAAAUGUGUGCAUCUGAUGCUUCUGCAAAAUGUGGAUUUGAGUCUAUAAGAUACUUACUGGUAUUGACAGCUACAGCGAUAGAGCUAAGAGAUGUCAAUGAUAACAAACUGUAUGCCACAUGGCCUUAUAGAUAUAUCAGAAGAUAUGGGUACAGACAGGGCAAGUUUACAUUUGAAGCAGGAAGGAAAUGUGAUACAGGUGAAGGUAUUUUUCACCUGGAACACCCAAACCAGUCUGAAAUAUUCAAAUGUCUGUCUUUAAAAAUGAAGACUAUGAAGCAAAUGAUUGGUAAUGACAAUUUAAAUAGUCCCGAACACAGUGAAUUUAACAUACAAUCCAGUGCUAACAUGUUCCCAGGCUCAAGAAGUCCCUUAGUGGCAGCAAGACCUGAUGAUUUGAAUUUAAGUUCUCUUUCAUUCAAAACAACAUCAGUUUCAAGUCAACAAAGUUCUUGUUCAGAUAGAGAUACAGCUCCCUUACUGAUGCCUAAGCCAACUCUCAAACCGAAACCACAAAAACCACCUCGUAAAAUGAUUAAUGUCCACAAGGGACUCAAUAAAGACUUGCCAAGUUCAACAGAUGAGAGUAUCGAUUUUGGAAGGUACAAAAAGCUUGAUAAUUAUGAGCCUAUUGAUCAAAUCAGCAGGGAGGGUAGUCCACCAUCAGUGCCAUAUGACAAAGUUGAAGUACGCUGUGAAGCUUGGAAGACUCUAGGAAUAGAUGAUCCUGAUCACACAGAAUUCACCCCUAACUUAGGGGACAAUCCUAAAUGUAUGAAACUAAUAUCUAGAUCCCAAGAUAAUUUAAACAUUACUGGUCCAGAUUCAUCUAGAAUAAUAUUGCUUCCAAGUCCAGUAGUUGACCCAGAAGAUGAAAAUUAUGAUAGACUACAGUACUUUGGGUCUACAAGUAAAUUGAAUAAGUCAUCACGUUAUAAAAAAAUUGAAGCUCGACCUACAACUUUAGCUUUGAGUGAACAGAAGACAAAGGAUACUUGGAAUGAUUAUGAUGAAGUAGAAAAUGUGAUGCAAACAGCCAGAUUGGCUGACGACUCCCAUUUGGGUUAUGGAAUGAUAAGAAAACCAAACACUCCAGGACCACAGGUUCCAACAGCAGCUCAAGCUCAAGUUUUGCAGAAUCAAGUUGGUUUGGAAGAAGUUAAUCACAACAGUUGUAAUGGAACUGAUUAUGCUAUAGUUAGCCGUCCAAAAAGAGUGUAAUAUUUGGUUUGAAGAAACAAAAUUAAGACUGAAUGAAAGUUACAAGCUCCAAUAUGUUUAAACUCGGUGGAAUGUAAGGUAAUUUUUAAAGUCAAUGAAUUUUAAAUAGAAUUUAAAACUGCAACCCUGAUUCCGUAAAUUGGUAGCUCUUACAAAGGAAUUAACUUUGGCUUAGUUGUUUAUAUACACCAACUGGGCAAGAAUGUAAUUUAAUUUAGUCCGUAAUGAAAAUAUAAUAUUCAAGACCAUUUAGUUUUAUAUAAGACUGCAAUUCAUUUCCAUUUUACUUAUUAGGUGAUUAUAAGGGUUCUAGAUGUAUAUUGACGCACAAGUAUUUUAUUCUUAAGUAAUAAUCUUAGUGUGAUCAUAUUGUGCCUUAUUCAUUUUUAGAUGGUUUCAAAGUUUACCAUGCACCCUGUGCCAAUUUAUGAAAUCUUAGUAGAGCUAUGGUGCUCAGUAAGAUAAAGUAUAUAUAAGAAUUUACUGGAAGAUUGCUUUAUGAUUAAAACAUAGUUUUUAGCAUCAGAUUUUUAAAAAUAUACUGUUGUACUUGCUCAUUAGAAUAUUGGAAAAUUUGCAAUAGUUACAAGCCAUAGUUAAUUAUUUUUAUAAAUAUGUAUUCAUUCAUAUUAAAGUAUUUUAGUUGUUAUAA